AUGUCCAAAACAUACUCUCCCGAAGAGGCGGAAGCCCUUGUCCAUAGCCACGACCCCGAACAUCCCGCCAACCUGAUCUGUGACUUGUGCCGAGAAUUCUACAAGCUUGGAUGGGUUACUGGUACUGGUGGUGGCAUCAGCAUCCGAAAAGACGAACUUGUCUAUCUCGCCCCUUCUGGUGUGCAAAAAGAACGAAUCAAGCCUGAGCAUGUCUUUGUCCUUCCUUUCGCUCAGUCAUCAGUACCCAAGCCUGGAUCUCAGCGAGACUUCAUCAGAGUACCCGCCAAAAAGGGACUCAACGAGUCGCAAUGCACUCCUCUUUUCUGGAACGCCUUUACAUUGCGAGAGGCCGGAGCCUGUAUCCACACCCACUCUCAACACGCCGUGCUUCUCACUCUUCUCUUACCUCGCAACGCUCCCAGCUUCCGAAUCUCUCACCAGGAAAUGAUCAAGGGCGUUCGUCUCGGAGGAAACGGCAAGACGCUCAAGUUCUAUGAGACUUUGGAAGUCCCCAUCAUCGACAAUACUGCUCAGGAAGAAGACUUGACAGAGAGCAUGGCUGCUGCUAUGGAAAAGUACCCCAACGCCCCCGCCAUUCUCGUGAGGAGACACGGUGUCUACGUCUGGGGCAACACCUGGGAGCAGGCCAAGACCCAGGCCGAGUGUCUCGACUAUCUGUUUGAAGUUGCUUGCAAGAUGCUGCAGAACAACCUGCCGCUCGAGGGUGACGAAUAG